UAAAACCCUUUUUCACAGUUUCAAGAACCCCCCCACUUCAGUAGUCGUUUUUCUCUCUCUUUUACGCUUCUGGAGAAGCUCAUUGUACGAACAGUUUUGUUUAAUUAAGCCCCAAAAGACUGAAUUUUUCUAUCAUAGUUCAAAUUUAUCAAUUUUAGGUUUUGGUUUACAUGAUGGAUGCUCCUAUUAUUGACCCAUUGCAGGGGGUUUUCCCUGAAAUUAUAGAGGAGUAUUUGGAGAGUGGGAUCAUGAAGUGCAUAGCCUUUAAUCGUCGCGGCACCCUUCUUGCAGCUGGAUGUGCUGAUGGAACUUGCAUUAUCUGGGAUUUUGGGACCAGAGGCAUUGCAAGAGAAUUCAAGGACGAUGACUCUGUUGCCUCUAUUACGAGUGUUUGUUGGUCAAAGUAUGGUCAUCGCAUACUUGUCUCCGCUGCUGAUAAGUCCUUGUCACUCUGGGAUGUUGUCAGAGGAGAGAAGAUUACUCGGAUCACUCUACAGCAAACCCCUUUACAAGCUCGCCUAUAUCCUAGGUCCACUACUCCAUCUAUUUGCUUGGUGUGCCCCCUUUCAUCUGCUCCUAUGAUUGUUGACUUGGAGACAGGAAGUGUGACUGUGCUCCCUGUCUUGCCUGCUGAAGGAGGGAAUGGGGUUGCUCCUCCUUCAAAAAAUAAAUUUUCAGAUGGAUCUGCCCCAUUUACUCCUACUUCUGCUUGCUUUAACAAGUAUGGAGAUCUGGUGUAUGUGGGGAACUCCAAAGGGGAAAUACUAAUAGUUGACUACAGAAGUGUUCAAGUGCGUGGUAUCGUUCUUGUUCCAGGCAAUGCUGUUAUAAAGAAUAUCGUGUUUAGCAGAAAUGGACAGUAUCUCUUAAUAAAUUCAACUGAUCGUACAAUAAGGAUUUAUGAGAACCUUCUUCCGGUAAAAAAUGCUCUUGCGGGUCUAGAUGAAGCAACCAAAGACCUGAAUGAUCUGGAAGGGGUCGAGAAGCUGAAAGCUGUUGGAGCGCUAUGUUUAACUUUGUUUCGGGAGUUUCAGGAUUCUGUCACCCGAGUGCACUGGAAAGCUCCGUGUUUUAGUGGUGAUGGUGAGUGGGUUGUUGGUGGUUCUGCUAACAAAGGGGAGCACAAGAUCUAUAUUUGGGAUCGGGCUGGUCAUCUUGUGAAAAUUCUAGAAGGACCAAAGGAAGCGAUAGUGGAUCUAGCUUGGCAUCCUGUCAACCCUGUUGUAGUCUCUGUUUCUCUGUCUGGGUUAGUCUAUAUAUGGGCGAAGGACUUCACCGAGAAUUGGAGUGCAUUUGCUCCCGAUUUCAAGGAACUUGAAGAAAAUGAGGAGUAUGUUGAAAGGGAAGAUGAAUUUGAUCUCAAUCCUGAAAUUGAGAAGGUUAAAGGGUCUGAUGUCAACGAGGAUGAAGAUGUUGAUAUAGAUGGUCUGGAGAAUGAUUCAGCUUUCAGUGAUUCAGAUUUGUCGGAAGAUGAAAUUUGCUUUCUGCCUGCUGAUCCAAUUCCUGAUGCUCCAGAGCAACAGGACAAGUGUGUUGGUAGUAGUUCAAAGCUAGGUGAGAGUGGGUCUCCUUUUUCAGAAGAGGCUGGACAAAAUGGGCCAGCGAAUCAUGAGUCCAGUCCAUUUGAAGGCGAGGACACAGGCACGACAGGCUUGAAAAGGAGAAGAAAACCUUCAGAGAAAGUAUUGGAACAGCAAGCUGAGAAGGUUAAGAAACCCCCACAGAAGACGAAGCCAUCUGGCUAAUAUUUGACUUGGGCGAAGCAUAUAAAGAGAUUGCUUCACGAGAGUUCACAUUAAUUUACAACAGUAAGCUGUGUAUUAAGUGUAAACAAGCUAAUGAUUCCAUUUAUAAGUGGGUUAUGGAGCACAUUUGAUGCUACCUACUUUUGAAGUUGUCCGGACUUGCACCAAUGGACAGGUGUUUUUCUAGCAGAGUGGUAGCAGUCAAUCCAGACUCUUAGAGUGACUGCUAACUGUUAACAUGAACCGACAUUAGAACAUUGCAUUAUAUUUAUCUCCUGCUGACGGAAACAACCGUUAAAGGGACAGCAUCUGAACUCGGAAGAACUGGAUUGCUUUCAGUUGCGGAGUUUGUUAGCUACUUGUAUAUACAACAUGUAAUGGCAAAGCUGAACUGCAAGUUUAGGCAGUGAGGGGUAUUUCACCCUUGGCAUAGGCUGGGAGGGAAAUGCACCGAGUAAUUGACUGAUUCAAAUUUUUGAUUAACUUAUAGACUUGAAAUUUAUUCUUAUUUUCUUAAAUGCACUUGUAAACCCCAUUUUCUUUUAUUUGCAUUAAUUAAGGCAUUACAAUCCA